CCACCAUUUCGGCCCUUGCAAGAUCCACGUGAUAUCGAUUUUCUAACAGCGACAAGCAAUCUUGCGCGCACAAUUACAUUUCAAGAACAAACAAACAAUAUGUCGAACCUAUCAGACGCAUCGCGCUUGAAGGCCACGGUGUUCGUUGGCGGUCUCGAUCAAGCUGUCACCCAACAAACGCUUUUCCACGCCUUCCUGCCAUUUGGAGACAUCGUCGAAGUCAACCUACCGAAGCCAGAUCUGCCCAAUUCAAACGAGACACAUCGCGGCUUUGGAUAUGUGGAAUUUGAGACCGCCACAGACGCUGCAGACGCGAUCGACAACAUGGACCGCAGCGAAUUGUACGGACAAGUGAUCAAGGUUGCAGCUGCCAAGCCGCAGAAAGAUCAUACUGAGGGUCUGGGAAGCAAGACGGCGGUUUGGGAGCAGGAGGGUUGGUUGGCAAAGCAUGCUGUGAGCGAGGAAGACCGCCAAGCUACUGAGCAGCAACAGGUGGAAGACAACGCCCCCAUGGACCCCAUGCAAGGGCUGGAAGGGCUCGACGAGGCAGGCCCCAAGGCUGUAUGAGAGAGUGCGAGGAGAAUGUAGCAUUUCAGGCAGCCACAGCAUGCAAGGCGUUUGGGUGUAUUCAAAAGACGGUUCGGGUGUAUUUAGUCAUUGCAAAUUAGGUUUGUUUUUGGCUCUGUUGGGUAGGGGCUCGAGAUAAUAUAUCCCUGAGCACGAAAUGACGUAUUGUUCUGUAAGACAUAGGUGAAGUCUGCUAUCUCUUC